AUGACCGUAGGUUUAAGUUAUGCCGCAGUACCACUUUAUAGGAUUUUUUGUCAGGCUUACAGUUAUGGAGGUACAACAGGUCUCGUGGAGUCAGACAGUAUUGUCAGCAACAUGACAGUUGUUAAGAACAGACCUGUCAAGAUCCGGUUCAACGCUGACACUGCAUCGUCUAUGCAGUGGAACUUUAAACCUCAGCAGCAUGAUAUCACAGUUGUGCCUGGUGAGACGGCUCUGGCCUUCUACACAGCUCGCAAUCCCACAAACAAACCAGUCACGGGAAUAAGCACUUACAAUGUUAUCCCAUUUGAAGCUGGACAGUAUUUCAACAAGAUUCAGUGCUUCUGCUUUGAGGAACAACAACUGAAUCCACAAGAACAGGUGGAUAUGCCAGUAUUCUUUUAUAUAGAUCCAGAAUUUACUGACGACCCCAAGAUGGAGUACGUAGACGAGAUAGUGCUCUCGUACACAUUCUUUGAGGCUAAAGAGGGCUUGAAACUGCCUGUUCCUAGUUAUGUGAAGAAAUAA